AUGUUUGCCACGUUCUUCCGAUGAUUUUCCGGCUAAUUAGUCUCUGCGAUUUGUCCAUUUCUGGCGCAUAUUCAUCCGAAUCGCGAACACUUUCGGGGGUGUGAAUGGGCGGAAAGGGAACCAAUUAAAAGAGGACGAAAGGGAACUACUGGAGGAGGAAAGCGACGGGACUAAUUACGGCACAGUGUCACUGCCAAGGACAGUAGUCAGAAGACAGACUUCGGCCUGGGAAAACGGCCGUUUGUUUGCCCCCGAAUGUCUCGUGGUUCUGCUCUGUAAUUAGCUCCACUUGACGUUUCUCAUUUCAGAAUCGACGCCGAGCUGUUCGAGUUGUCACCAGACGGUCAGCAAUGGGAUAAGCUCGACGGCCGACUUGCCAAGGUUUGUGCUCUUCAUAUUUUACAAGUCUUCGAAAUAAGAAACAAGUACAUCUUCCUAGCCUACCUACAGAUCGUUGUAGCUUUUGCGGAUUCCUUGACGACGUCAUCAUCCAUCUCAUAACUCUCUUCCAGGUACGCGUGUUCAACGCCUUCGACGAGUCUCAGCCACGUCUUCUGGCCACCUCAUCGUCCGGUCAGGUACUUCUGGACACUCUCAUUCCAAUGGGUACGUCUUCCUCUUCUUCUUCUUCUUUCUUUUCUUUCCGCCUUGUUCUGACCACACCCGGUUGUAUCUGCAGCGGAAAUCUUUCUGAAAAGAGAGAAAGAAUGGGGAGUGACUGACUUCAUCUUAAAAAUGCAUAGGUGUGGACUGCGAACGCGUUGAGAAGAGGUGUGACUGGCUGGCCACGAGAGAGAGAGAGAGUGAGAGAGAGAGAGAGUGGAAGAAAGAUCUUUUUUGAUUUUCCCGGAUUCCUUCUCGGUCACUUUUACUCCUACAGUAAUCCUCACUGAUUUUGCUCUUUCCAACGCCCACCACCUGACUAGUUUUUCGCGCCACAAACCACAUUCAAUUACCACUCUUCCACCCCCGUCCGCGCGGUUAUUAAAAGUGAUAAAAUAUAUCAUCGCCGAUCGGAUUUCAAAGUGCUCAUCAAACAAAUAAGUCUUGUGCCCCCCACUCACUUCGCUCAUAAUAGUUGGUGGGCUCUGCGCGAGCCCAAGUAAUUUCUCUCCCUUGCGCGUGUGCAUUUAUUUCCAGUCGCUUGGCGACAUUCAUCUCAGCACAAGAAACAACUUUUCCUCUUUUUAGUCUCUAUAUUUCGUACAUUUCAGGCGAGAAGGUGCACAAAGUCAGCGACUUUUUUGUGUAUUUGAAAGCGGACGGACGGACGAUCGGAUUCAACACUCUGAGCGCCAGGGACACGUCACUCCUCAUCUCUCAGGUAGGCAAAACAUGUCCGAACCACCCGACAGAAAUUGCUGAUAAGCUUUUCAUUGAUCGUAAAAAAGAUGAUUGGCGUAUGCAAAAGAGACAAAAGAAAAGCGUUAUCAGUGAUUAUCACUGAUGGACGUCGAUCGGACACUAAUAACAUUAGCAGAAAGAGUUUCCGAUGAAAAAUUGUACUAAAGUAUUCAUUGAGUUCUCGUAGUGAGUUUUUAUGGACUUAUUAUGAUGGAAACGCGGAAGAAGUCAUGGAGGCCCUCGGGCCAUUGAUGUUGAUAGCUCCGAAACAUAUUCUUUGUGUGGUUUCAGUCGUCGAACACUUCGGCAUUCAACAUGUUCCAACACUCAUUUUCCGCCUCCGUCUCCCGCAUUGCCACGUUCGAGGCAGAUUCAAUUCAACCGUGCGACGAGGAACCGGAGACUUCAAAUGUGAGGUUUUCGUGUGAUUUUGAUUGUAUAACUUCACAACUUCAGGUUUCCUUGAACCCACUCAGCAUGGUUUUCAACUACAAAGGAUCUCCGGUCACUAUUGACUUGGUAAGCUCUCACUGACAUUGUUUUUUUUUAACUUUUCUGUUUUCAGCUGGAAUGUUUUGCGUGCUCCUCGGAAGCCGAGAACUGUGUGGACAUCGCUCACGCAAAUAACAUCUUCCGGGUGAUCGUGUCCGCCCACGCACACCUCUUCCUCAUCCAGGCUCUCAAUGUCUCAUCUCUUCUUCUGGCCAGGACGACUUCUCAAGCUGUCGCCAUCAAUUAUCUGGCUCGACAGAAUGAGAAGAUUCAGCAGAAACUGAUUUCCCUUCUGGAGACGUCAGAAUCCAGUGAAACAGCGUCAAAGGAAGACGUCAGACAGAUGCUUCUCCUCAAAAAUGUAGUCGUCACCCAGAGACUUAACUCUCUGCAACAGAGGCCGUUGCCGGGCGUCGAGGUAUGUCAUUGAAGCUCUUCGUUCUCUCGCUCACUUCCCUUUAAUUAUCCACUUUCCGAAUACUGUAACAUGAGCCUCUCCGUCGCUAAAUUCGCCAUCACCACUCGAAUUUCCCCGUCCCGCGCGGCCCCCUCUUCUCAAAAACACCUUCUCUUGCUCCUCCUCUUGCUGCUCGCUUUUAUUCGGUUAUAGAAAGUGUUCAUAAUAAAAUCGGACGGCUUUUUCUUCUUCUUCUUCUUCUUCUUCCCUCAGACACUACUACUACUACUACUUUUCUUUUUUUAUCACUCUUUCUCCUCCUUUUCGUUCUCUUUCUUCCCACUUUCUCGAAACCAACUAAACUAAAUAAUUGGUUGUCGAGAGAUGAUUGAUUGAUGAGAUUCCAAUUCGGUCAAGUACUUCUUCAAAGCUUCUUCUUUUUCUUCUUCAUCUUUUUCCUUCUUUUCUUCACUUUUUCGGUCACUUUUUCAUUCCUUGUUUGUUGCAAUAUUCUCAUCGUCAAGUACAUGCUUCCGUCGAAAAUUAGCCGGAUUGGUUGACCACUUCUGUGAACUUUGUUUGCAUUCAUUUGAAUUCGAAUAAGAAACUCUCGUCUGGAGUGACCUUUCUUCUUGUUGCAAAAAGGGGGAAUGGGUACAAGUUCAGCAAACAGUAGCAUGGUUAAAAGAGGGUAGACCGGGCAAACACCGAGCAGUUUUUCUAGCUUCCGAGGUUUGUGUGAAUAGGAUUUAAAUGAUUUGAAAUUUGAGAUUCCAUACUUUUUUACUGUUGCCGUUGAGAUUUCUAUCUAUCGUGAAUUCAGUCCCCCAGCAUCUGUAACAUGUACUUUCUUACUUUUCUCCUUUGCUUCUCCACCAACUUCUCAUGAUUCCUAGAUUUCCCAUCAAAACAAUCGUACAUCCUGCCGUUCUGCCCAGCCAUUUUUCGUGAUCAACAUAACAGCAGCGGGCUCUUUGGAGGCUUCCCACUCAUCAUGGAUCUCAUCAGAACCAGCUCGUGUAAUCCACGUGUGGUCAAGUACAUCCUCCCGCCCGUGUACUCCCGCCCGUGUCGCAAAGUUGAUCGCUUCUGCUGCUGACAAGAUGUUUACUCAACACGUUCCAUUUUACAAAUGUUGUGUCCCCUCCCGCACCGCCUCACAGAUAUGUGUAUGUGCGAAUGUAAAUUUGUAUACUAUAGGUGGGAGGAGGGAAAAGCAUGGAAGAAGAAGAAGAAGAAGGAGAAGGGCGUCAAGUGCAAAAUACGAGCGAACGAAAUGAUGAUUGUUGACCGGAUUUCUCGAGUACCGUCUCUCUCCUCUCGCCUCAUCAAUCAAGCUUCCACUCAUUUCGCAUUCAUUCAUUCGCGUUCUCAUUCCGCACUUUUUAUUACUGUCAACGAGACAAAAUGACUGAAUAUAACGGUCUAGUGGCAAAUAACUUUCGGAAUCGUUCGUAGGAACACCAGCCUUGAACCCAAGUAUCUUAUUUGUAUUAUAAAAGAUCUUAAAGUUUACACAAGUUCCGUACAACCUUUUCUGGCAUGGUUCUUACUCCUUUCUCUCUUCCUCUCCCCCUAGCUUCUUCUCAUUUCCUGCCGGAUGCUCACUUCCUUCCCUUCCUUUUGUUUCUCCGCUUGUUCUUGUCGCGAAACAACAAGAUUAGCACCUUCCGCUCCUUUCACAGAAACCGCACGAAAAGUACUUCUCUGCGCCACGUGGCAAUCUUCUUCACUUUUCAGCUAAUUCAAAACGACAUUUCUCCGCAAAUCGGACCUAUAUUACUGGAAAACUGUCGUCUCGCAUCGCUAUUCCUCUACCAUUUCAACAUGAAUUCAUUUCGAAUGCAAGUUUCACCCUUUUUUGAAUAAAACCAAUUAUGACGUACUGAUUUCAGAUGGCGGAAACCGAUGGAAGUACGCGACAUGAACACGAUCAGCACGCUUCCGUCGACCAGCCAGCAAUACCAUCAGAUUCCGAUUCAAAUCCAGAGCCAGAAUCAGAAUGCGCUCCCUCUUCCGCAGCAGCAGCAGCAGCCAACUCCCCAAGAUCAUGUCACUUCUCACAACGGUACAACCACAUUCCAUUCGACGGUUCGUGCUUUGGCUACUUGAUUCUAGAUGCUUCUGGCACUCGAACAGUCUAGUGCUUUGAAAGCAUUGAUUCGUUUUCCAGAUUCCUCUGAAACCGAGACUGUGUGAGGGCUCCCUUGCUCCGGGAUGCUCUUUGGCCGAGGCUUCCGAACAGCGAAGACGGGAGAUGGCCGAGCAGAAGAGGGAAUUGACGGGCUCGUCGGCAGAGGAUUACUUUGUGAGAAAGACGAAUGGCCGAUUGGGACUCACCAUCUACGCGCACAACGACGACGGAGUCAUCCGGGCCGAGGUGCGUGGAGUCACUUCGUUCGCGCCCCGGUGUGCUCAAGUUGGCGACGCCGUCAUCGCCGUCGACAGUGAGCUCAUUUCCUCGGUCCGGUGCGCAUCUGAUGUCGAGAAGCUGCUGCGGGUCGGGAAAGUGAUUCACCUACGGAGGAAGACGCCGUUACCUCCAAAAGUGAGUUAUUGUUUCAUCUUUGCAACUUUCUCUCUGUUCUUCUAAUCCGCUCUUCCAAUAAGUUCAACACUUUUCGGAUUUGUUCAGGCGCCCGCUCCGCUAGAUGCGACGAAUGUCAACAAGAAAACGGGGUGCGCAAAGUUGGCGAUGGCACUGCAAGAGCUGUUGGUCACCGAGCGCAAGUAUGUCAGUGAUCUGAGAGAGGUGAGGUACACGAAAUGGAUGCGUUUGCUAAUAAGGAGAAGUUGCAGAUGAAUGAGGUGUUUCUGUGUAUGAGGGCAGUCAGGGAUAUCAUGCACGCGGCGAUCCGGCUGUACAAAAUGCAGACGUCGUUCGUGGAUUCUCUGGAAGAAGCCAUCGGAGACAUGAGCAGGCAGGACAUUUCUGUGGCUCAGAUUAGAGUGAGUUGCAAAGGAUUCCACUCCAUUUACAUACUUAUUCUCAGGAUUCGGUGAUGCGCGUGUGUGCAGUGUUCAUCAACAAAUGUGCCGAUUUCAAGAUCUACGCAGAGUACGCAGCUGGCUAUCAUCUUCUGCAGCACGAAAUCAAGAACAAAAAAGAAUUGCUGUCGAAGUUGGAGGCAGUGAACAGCACUCGCGAGCAGCACUGUUCCUGGGAGUCGCGGAUGAUAAAGCCCGUGCAGAGGAUAGUACAGUACCCGAUGCUGCUCAAGAACAUCGCAGACGCACUUCCGAAAGACGCACGGGAACGGAUUCAGGUGGAAUCCGCUCUUCAGAAGAUGCAAACGUCGGCGGAGUACGUGAAUGAGAUGCAGAGGUUACACGAGGAUUACGCGCAGUGUAUGGAGACGGUCAGGAAGGCGAACGAGCCGAUGUUGGCGGAGAAGGUUUGCAGAUUCAGAAAAGGUGGAAAAAAGGGGAUGAAUGAUUUCAGGGAUUACGACUGGACACUAGGGAACUGCUCGUGUUCGCUCACAUCAAAUGGCGGGAUGCUCCGGCCGAGCACUACGUCGUUUUCGUCUUCCACUCACUGAUUCUUCUUCUUCCAUCCUACGCCAGAAAAGAGAUAAAAGUGAGUGUCCGAACGAGUGGGAACCGAUGAGAAAUGACCGGUUUUGCAGAUGAAAUGGACGAGAGUGCUUCCAAUAAACGAAGUGGAUAUCAAUGAAAUGCCGAAUGACCCACUCAAUCUCAAACUGUAUCACGCUGCUUUCGAGGGUGCCAACGGGCAAUUGAGCCAUUGUGAGUACACCGAUUCGAUCGUUUGCCAAUCUCUUUACUGGAAAUGCUCUAAUAUCGCCCAUUCAAGACGGUGUAUUUUAGCUGCCGGUAGAGAUGUCAAGAAGUUGUCAACUGAUAAAAUGUACACGAUAUGUUCAUGAGUAUUUUAUCAGUUUACAACUUUUUAAUUUCUUUAUCGGCGGCUGAGUUAUGUUGUCCUGAAUAAGUGAUAUUGAGGUCUCCUGGUGACGGUAAUUAUGAAAUCCUCGUUUCACAUAGAAUUGCGUUAGAGCUUUAAGACUUUCAGCGAACCCGAACACCGUGUACAACAUCGAAUGCUGUCAAUCCCAACUGAAACAACAUCUCAUCAAAAACAUCAAAAAGGCGAGAACGCUAUUCUCUCGCGAAUCUCACCGUCCCUUGAGCGGAUCGAGUCAAUCGGACGGCGGAUACGUAUCGGAAGUUUCGAAAGAGCAUCGAAGUUCCAAGUAG